AAUUCAACACCCGUAUUUUUGAUAUUUUGCUCUUUUAAUUCGUACACAAACAUAAUAAAAAAGUUUCUCUUUCCUACGCACCCAUCACGUGUCCAUCUCAGGUACUACAUCGUGCUUUUCGCUUCUCCUCAGUCUGUAGCCUGCAAAUCCACCAGCUCAGACUUUUUUCUCAGACUAAUAAUACAUUUUCUCAGACAAUUUCUGCCCAUUUCUUUCUCAUUUUACUCAAAUUAACAUUUUACCAACUCACAGAAUAAUAACUCAGCCAGAGCCAGGGGCUGAAAAUACAAUUUUCUUUAAUACGGGCUAAAUUGGACAGAGAUGAAAAAAGAAGGGGUUUCAUUUGAGAGACAGAGCCGUCUUUACCAUUAUUACCAAUAUCAUUAUUACAUGACUGCACAAAGGUUAUGUCUAAAAAUUUCAGAAACGCACUCUCUCUUAUUUUUACCUCAGUUUUUACAUUCAUGUACUGUCUCUGCUCUCGUUUCAGCUCUGCUUUUAAUUUUUGACACUGUCUCUGGGUCACAAUUAUCCCUGUCAGCUCACCUAAUUACUGCCCCUGCCAUACUCUUCUCAAAAACCUUUUCGUAUACACUAAUACUAAUACUAAUAAUACACACACCUAACUUAUUGUUUUUGUCCCUUUACUAUAUUUCCUACUAUAUUGGCUCUGCUCUCUGCUCUCUGCUUCUUCUUGCAUAUUUUUUUCCUUGUUUUUGUAGUUAUGUCAGAUAGUUUUAGUGUAAAUAUGGUUGCUGCUGCUUCUAAAACUUCUGCUGCUGCUGGCGGCGGCGGCGGCGGCGGUGGAAGUAGUUCUUGUGUUGUGUCUUUGCCGCCGCCUUGUCCGAAGUCUCCACCGGAGUAUCCUGACUUGUAUGGAAAACGCAGAGAACUGGCUAAAGUUCAGAUGCUUGAGAGAGAGAUCGGUUUUCUUGAGGAUGAAAUUAAAUCUGUCCAAGCCCUUCAGCCUGCAUCCAAAUGUUGCAAAGAGGUCAGUGAGUUUGUGUUGGCAAAUUCAGAUCCUCUGAUACCUAGAAAUCGGAAAAAUCGCAAGGCUUGUCGAUUCUGGAAGUGGCUGUGUGGAAUACCCUGUUUCAGUUUCUCGUGGAUUUGUUGUUGCUGUCGUUCAACAAGCUGUCAUUGUCUGGAGUUGCCGUCCUGUUGUGGCUGCAACUGCGACUGUAAUCCAUGUAAUUGCUUUUCAUGUUUCCGUUACUCAGCACCCAAGUGCAAAUGUUGCUCCGGGUGUUGCUCCUGCUCGUGUUCUUGCACUUGUCCGAAAUCGAAUUGCUGUCGCUGUAUAAGGCAAGCAUGCAGUAGUAACUGCUGCACUUGUCAACUUCCUUCGUGCUCGGAUUGCUCUUGUUGCAUACCGUCCUGCCCAGAUUGCUCUUGCUGCAUUCCAUCAUGCCCAGAUUGCUCUUGCUGCAGACCGUCAUGUCCAGAUUGCUCUUGCUGCAUACCGUCAUGCCCAGAUUGCUCUUGCUGCAUACCGUCAUGCCCGGAUUGCUCUUGCUGCACUUGGUUAUGCUGUUAUCCUAAAGGAAAACACUCGACCCCUAGACGCCCCAAAUCUCCGAAAUGUACGAAGGUACGUCUUUGUUGUAAUUGUACAAAAACUUGUAAUCCAUGCUGCCUUUUCUUUUAGUACACAUCAAAUUAAGCACAAUAAUGAAUUCCUUUUUUCUCCAUUA